AUGGCAGGAAAAACAAGCUUCGUUAAAGCACUGGAGAGUGGUAAACCAUUUCUGGCAGAAGCCGAUAAGAGAACUAUAGGGGUAGUAGAAAAAGUGAUGAAGCUAGAUGAUAAAAUAGAAUGCAAACUCCUUGACAGUGGUGGCCAUAGAGCGUACAUGCUGACUAACCAGCUGUUCAUCAGUGACAAUUCAUUGGUAUUGAUUGUUGUUGACAGCAAUCAGUAUAAGUUUACUCAACAAUGUUUUCGACAAAACAUUGCAGAUUUCCUGCAAGUUGUGUAUGACAGAAACAGCAGAGCUCACAUUGCUAUCGUUGUGAGUAAAGUUGAUCUGAUGGUCGACACGUCAAGAGAAGAAAUGAGUAGAAAGUGGAGUGAACAUCUGCACACUCGUCUACGUCAAUUCUUGAAGAUCAGACAAGCUGAGAUUGAUCGAAUGAAACGAAUCAUUGCAACUGGUGAUUCUCCAAAGAACAAAUACGUAUCAGAACGUCUUCACUUUUUCGACUUUCAGCGAAUAACUGUUGAAGAAAAUGUGCUAUUGACGAGUGCAGCUACACACGAGGGUGUGGUCAGUGUGAAGGUUCAUUUAAGAGAACUGUGUGGUAAUGAAAGGCUGAUGCCUUCACUGCACACAGAGCUGCCGUCAUCAUGGGUAACUGUAGAAGACAAGUUGAUUACACCACAAGCUGACACGUCUGUCCCCAUUCUAGAUGUCUCUUAUGCAAUGCGACUGUGUGUAGAGCACGGACUGACAGAAGAAAGCUGUCGUGAGUUGCUAAACUACCUGAACCAGGUAGGAAGAAUUCUGUAUUACUCUCAUCACCCGACUUUAGCAGAAGUUCUCUUUCCUGUACCACCAUUUGUGGUCACUUUACUUAAGGCUGUUUUCAGACAUGAUCACGAAUCUUUAGAAUAUGAUUAUCGGUUUAUUGGGGUAGAUAUAGGUCCUCAGAAGUUUGAGGAGAUGAAAAAUGAUCUUGUUUUUAAUGGCAUUGCUAGCAUAUCUAUGCUGCUGGCACUGUGGAGUGAGUUCCAUCUUACUGCAGAUCGUCAUGUUGACGUGUUUAUUAAGCUUUUUCUUGCUCUCGACUUUGGUUAUCUAACUGGCUCAUCAGAUGAUGUAGUUCAGGAACUGGCACACGCUCUGGGAAGACGUCAGAUCACUUUAGCUCGGCCAAGUAGCACCAACCCGACAUCAGAUUCAUCUGGUCACACAAUAGAACAAAAUCGUCAUCAAGAGCAAACAGACAGUUGCCAAGUGAUUUCUAAGCUAAAACAACAUAAUGUUGGCUUGUUGUUGCCAUGGUUACUCAAUGAUGAGAAACCAGAGGAUGUUAGUGACCUUUGGCCUCUAGAUAUACCACAUGGAGUCAUACAAGUUGCAGUGGAAUACUCAUUUGCAUAUGAACGUCCAUUGGGUUUGUUUGAACGACUGUCUGCUCUGGACUGCUGA